UCGAGCACAUCUGCCCGGUGCGACCAGUGGUGAACACCCCUCCCCUGAACCGAGGGUAGCUGCUGCUGCUGCCGGGGAAGGAGAAGUCCAGUGUUCCCCAGGAGAAGACAGGAGAAAUUGAAGUAACCCAAACUAUAUCCAUUCCCUCUCUAUUUUGGCUCUGACCAAGUGGGUAUUGUUCUACAAAUGGAUAAUGGAGACUGGGGCCAUAGGAUGACUUCUCCUGUUACUCUGAACGUGGGAGGCUGCCUCUACACCACCAGUCUGUCCACCCUGCAGCGCUAUCCAGACUCCAUGCUGGGCGCCAUGUUCAGGGGAGAUUUCCCCACCACUCGCGAUUCCAAAGGGAACUAUUUCAUUGAUCGGGAUGGAACACUUUUCCGAUACAUCCUGAACUUCCUGCGGACGUCGGAGCUCACCCUCCCGGUUGAUUUCGCAGAGACAGACCUCCUGAGGAAGGAGGCGGACUUUUACCAGAUCGAACCCUUAAUUCAGUGCCUUAGCGAUCCCAAGCCGCUCUACCCUCCCGACAUCUUCGAGCAGGUUGUAGAGCUCUCCAGCACUCGGAAACUGUCAAAAUACUCGAACCCUGUGGCUGUUAUCAUCACGCAGUUAACGAUUACUACGAAAGUUCAUGCCUUGCUCGAAGGCGUUGUCAACAACUUUACCAAGUGGAACAAACACAUGAUGGACACCCGAGACUGUCAGGUGUCGUUCACUUUCGGACCAUGUGACUAUCAUCAAGAGGUGUCAUUACGGGUUCUCCUCAUGGACUACAUAAUGAAACAAGGCUUCACCAUUAGGAACACGCGUGUGCAUCACAUGAGCGAGCGUGCAAACGAGAACACAGUGGAGCAUCACUGGACUUUCUGUAGACCAGCUCAAAAAGUUGAAGACUGAGUUAAAGCACAUAAAGCACUUGUCUUUUUUAUACUGCAUAAAUCAUAGACCAAAACGUAUACCCCGAUCUUGGAGAAGAAUAGGUCCAAAAGAAAAGAUUGUAAAUUUGUCAUUGUCAUAAGUAAAGUCCUGUCACAAGUUUACUUUUUUAACUUGAUAAUAAUAAAGUAUAAUUAUAUUUAGCCCAGUGUCUUUCUGGACGGUUGACAAUAGCAUUUAGUCCCUAAGCUCUUUAUUAUCUGGAGUACGGUACUGUUUCUGAAGACCCCAGUAGUUGUUGCAUGUGUGUCUUGUAUUUGUUGUGUGUGCUUUGCAGUACAAUGUCUAUGGUUACACUUUAGAGUUCAAGUCAACACUGAUGUGUUUGGUCAUCUUUUGAAAAUAAAACCAUUUGUAUAUUU